AUGUCGGUGGCCUCCUCUGGACCCGCUCUACCAGAAACGAAGGAGGAGCUGGAAGACUUGAUGUCUGACAUAAAGAAGACCGCGAACAAAGUGCGCUCCAAGCUAAAGAGUAUUGAGCAGAGUAUUGAACAAGAGGAAGGACUGAACAGGUCAUCUGCUGACCUGCGGAUAAGGAAAACUCAGCACUCAACGCUGUCACGCAAGUUUGUGGAGGUGAUGUCUGAAUACAACGCCACGCAGACUGACUACCGGGAGCGCUGCAAGGGCAGGAUUCAGAGGCAGCUGGAGAUCAGAGGAGCACGAGCCUUGGUGCCUGUCCUGGGCAGCUCCCUGGACCAGCUCAGCUGGCCUGUCAUGACUCUUCGCAGCAGUAGUCAUGUCUUCUGGCCGAAGGUGGACCCCAGGCGACACCUCUGA